GACAUCAACGAGGACUACGAGCUCCACGCGGAGAUCGGCGCGGGCCACUUCGGGCGCGUCUACGAGUGCCUGCGCCUCAGCGACGGCGUCAAGUUCGCCUGCAAGCAGCUCUCGAAGCGCCACGUCCGCGACGCGCUCACGGUGCGGCGCGAGGUCGAGAUCAUGCGGCGCCUCGACCACGCGCACAUCGAGGACGUCUACGAGUACCACAACCACGCCUGGAUCGUGAGCGAGCUCUGCGGCGGCGGCGACUUGUUACAUCUGCUCAUGCGCGAGGGCGGCGCGCUGAGCGAGCUCGCGAGCCGGCGGAUCCUCGGCCAGCUCCUGAGCGCCGUCGACGCGUGCCACGCCGUCGGCGUCGUCCACCGGGACCUCAAGCCGGAGAACGUGAUGCUCGUGGACGCCGAGGGCCCGCCGGUGAUCAAGGUCAUCGACUUUGGCCUCUCGUGCAUCUACCGCGCCGACGGCCAGCACGAGCUCCACCGGCUGGCGGGCACGCCCUACUACAUGGCGCCCGAGGUCGUCUCCGGCGCCGCGGGCUACGGCGAGGCCUGCGAUUUGUGGAGCUGCGGCGUCAUCCUCUACUUCCUCCUCUGCGGGCGGCCGCCCUUCGCGCCGCCCGACGACGAGCCGGGGCGGAAGAAGCGGAAGCGCAACGGCGUCGACCUCAACGAGCUGACCGCGCGCGUGCUCAAGGGCGACUACGCGCUCGACUUCGGGCCCUGGCCCCGGGCGUCGGCGGCGGUGCUGGACCUCGUCAAGGGCCUCAUGCGCGUCGACGCGCGCGCGCGGCUCACGGCGGCCCGGGCGCUCGAGCACGCGUGGAUCACGCGCGACGGCGUCGCCGCGGAGGUGCCCGCGCCCCUCGGCGCGGCCGCGCUCACGUCCCUGGCGCGCUACGCGCGCGCGACCUUCUUCCACAAGCGCGUCUACAACGCCCUCGCGGAGACGCUCACCAUGGGCGAGCUCGAUUCGCUGCGGAAGGAGUUCGCGGCGCUCGACGUCGACGGCGACGGCUUCGUGACCUGCGGCGACCUGACGGCGCUCCUCGCCCACCUCGAGCUCGCCGGCGCGCCCCUGCGCGGCGCGGCCCUCGAGGUCGAGGCCAUCGUCGAGGCCUGCGACCUCGAGGACGACCACCGCAUCUCGUACCACGCGUUCGUCGUCGCGUCGAUGCACCGGUGCGCGUACCUCCGCGAGGACCGCGUCGACAAGAUGUUCCACGAGUUC